AUGAACGACAAUUGGAAAUAAAACAAGUGAAGCGGAAAAGAAGGAAAAAAACUAGGCAAAAUGAAUCGCACUUCGAUGAGUCUCUUGAGGAGUUCAAAAUACCUGACAAGGAACGGCGCAUCCACAUCGCAACGACGAUUUGCAUCCUCAGAAACCCCUUCACCUACUCGCACUUUUUACAAAACUUUCACUCGCCCUAUCGCAAAAACUCUUUUGAUGGCAACUUUCAUAUAUCAAUUGACCUAUUGGGGCUGGGUAAAAUUGGAGAAGGAUGAAUUGAAAGCAGGCAAACGUAGGGAAAUAAAGGAACUGGAGGAGGAACUGGAGAAAAUCAGUGGAGGCGCUAUCAAGGGCGAAGAUGUGAAAGUCAAAGGUAUCUAAGGAGACCUAUGCGCGGGGAUCAAGCACAUAAGCACAUGGUCACUUGAAGAACUAUGCAGGGUGAAAAUGAGGAUUGAGAACUCUUGCGGGCAAACAAAGUCGCUCUCAUGAUCUAGUGAUGGUGGCUACUAGUCUCAAAAAUUCUGUCGCAGUCGCUGUACCGCGACGACUUACAGAUGAGAUAUCGUUUGCGCCAUACCCACCAGGUUCAUGCUCGAUUUUGCGCAAAUCGAAAUCGGAACAUAAAUAAACAUUUUGUUUGUGCGGGGCCCUCCUGGAAACUGGUUGACUAUCAUUGCGAAGACAUGAACUCAAAACUAAUAAUACUACAAAACCACCAAAUGAUGAUAAUCACCGACGUGCCU